AGUGUCCCGACCAAAGAGUAUAAUAAUAUAAGCCCGUGAGAAACAUAGAUCACUGGACUUUUCAUAGAUCAGUGGAGUUUCAGUGAGGGAAGUGGCAGCGGCAUGUCAUUGCAAGCACGCGUGAAAGAGGAGCCUCAGGAAUGCACGGAACCGGUUUUUGUAAAGGUGGAAGUGGAAUAUGAGGCUCCAGAUGAGGUGCAUGUGAAGGAGGAGCCUCUGUUCGAGGACAGCGUCCCUUAUGGUGAGGACGGCGUCCCGUAUGAUGGGACAGAUGAGUCGUGUGGCCAGUACUCCGAUCAUGUGGUCAAGCUUGAGUCUCCAGAGCUGGAGCAAUCGCAGUUUGAUGAAGACCACAAUCUUUAUGGUGGGGUCGGAGUUUCGCCUGAGCAGACCACAGAGGGGGUUGCAGGAGCGUCCGGGGGGAGCGGGGGGCGGGGCGAGCUCAUGCUGGUACUAGAGCCCCUCACUAUGCAGGUCCACACGCAGAGGGUCAAGCCUCAAGAGGAAGGGAGCGCGGGGGCGCCGGCCGAGCGAAGGAAACCGAAGAAAGAGCACAUAUGUCCAAUAUGUACCAAGAACUUUAAAGACUCCACCAAAUUAAAGGAACAUAUGAGGUGUCACACCGGUGAGAGGCCCUACCCCUGCAACAUUUGUAAGAAGGGGUUCAUAAAAUCCGGCGAUUUGAGAAGACAUGAGCGCUCUCACACGGGGGAAAAACCGUAUUCCUGCAAGUUAUGCCAAAAAGUGUUCUCGGAAUCAACAACUUUAAGACGACACGAACGGAUUAUGCAUGGCGAGAAACCUGGAGAGUCACCGGUGAAAAAAUACAAACGACCAACCAAUAUCAAGGAAGAUGUGAUGGCCAACGGGGAUGGCAAACCCUUCGCCUGUGAAGUAUGCCAGAAAUCGUUCAUCCGGGCCUGCGAUCUAAAGAGACAUGAGCGCGGCCAUACGGGUGAAAAACCAUAUUCUUGCGCGAUGUGUGAUAAACAGUUUUCGGAAUCUACCACUUUAAAAAGACACGAGCGACAGCACACCGGAGAUCUGCCGAAGCCACGCGAGAGCCUAGAGGCAAGUAUAAAAGCGCGCACGUGCCAAAUAUGCGGGAAGUUGUUCAAGAAAUCGACUAUAUUAAAAAACCAUAUAAGAACUCAUACAGGGGAGAAGCCUUACCAGUGCACAAUGUGCGACAGAUUGUUCGCACAACAUUCCAACUUGAAAUCGCACGAACGAACGCACACCAAUGAAAAGCCCUACAUUUGUCAUGUAUGCAAGAAGCAGUUCUCUCAACAUAGCACUCUGAGGAGACACGAGCGUACCCACAGGAACGAGAAACCAUACUCCUGUGAGAUAUGCAACAAGACUUUCACACAGAGCAGUACUGUCAAGAGUCAUAUGAGAAUACAUACUGGCGAGAAGCCAUAUUCAUGCCCGGUGUGUAAUACGAUGUUUACGACUUCGAGUACUUUGAGAAGACAUGAACAAACUCAUACAGGGGAGACGAGCACCGAUUGAGUCGGAAGUAGAGAUGGUCCGAAUAUGGACUUUGCCGAAUACGAAUAUUCGGUUCAGAUCAUACCGAACCGAAUAUUCGGUUAGGCUAAAACUGCCUAAAACGCUGUAAACAAGUUCAUACAGGUCCGCGAUCUGCACUCCGCACGUGUUUUUGACCCUUCCCCUCUGGACCGGCCGGGAAUGUUUAUGAAAAGACAUGGAACCGUCUCGUGCCUGACCUGAAAUGCACCCGCG